ACACUAGUGACUAUUGUGUUGGUAAAACUUCUUUGUCAUGGCGAUAUUUUCAAAAUUGUGGUUAUGAUGCGUAAACAAUUUCGUCAUUUUCUACGAAUCUAUUAAAAACCAAAUCAGAAAGGUAAAUAGUGCCUAGAAGAUUAUUGCCAAAUGGCAGAAAAUAAUUUAAACUUGGACAAUUCGUCAGAUUCUAACGAUGACGAAUUGUCUCAACAACAUUCAGUUGCUUCAAGUUCUAAUCAGUCUUCGUCCCAUGACAAUCAACCAGAACAAAAUGAAUCUGAUUCGGAAUCCCUCGAACUGUUUGACAUACCAGAGGAAGCUCUUAAUCUAUCAUCUGUGUUUAGAUAUUAUCAGAGCCUUCCUAAUGGAAUUCUAGGCGCAGUAGAUGAAGGAAAUAUUGAAAGACUCAAGGAACUCGUUAAAACAGGGAAAUCACUUAAUAUUAAUGAUAAUCAUGGAAAUACAGCACUUCAUAUUGCUGCUUUUAAGAAUAACCUGGAAAUGAUCGAAUAUCUGUUAAGUCAAGAGACUCUUCUCAAAAACUCAAGGAACUUUUAUGGGGAAACAGCCCUUUUCCUAGCAGUAAAAUACAAACACGCUGAAGCAGCAAAGAUGUUGUUACAAGCUGGCGUCAACGUUAAUCUUCCAAAUAACGAAGAAAUUACACCCCUUCAUAAAGCUGUUAAUCAGCCUGAGCUGGCGCAUCUUUUAAUAAAAAAUGGUGCGUUCAUCGACGCUCUAGAUUACAGCGGUGAGUCUCCCCUGCAUGACGCUGUCGUUGUUCACAAUCUUGAAGUCGUGUGUAUGUUGCUGUAUUACAAUGCAGAUCCCAAUCUUGAAAGUGAAAAUUGUUUGACACCAUUCAUGAAAGCAAUUAUAAAUGAAGACGUCGAAAUCCAGACGGCCCUCAUUGAUUAUGUCAUUGAUUUCAAUGCAAGGACCACAGAAGGAAUGACUUUGCUGGCUCUCGCUUUGACCCACACCACACCUUUUGUCGAAGAGAUUAUCAGAAGGGGUGCCAAUAUUAAUUAUCAUAUAAAUAAUAAUGAGUGCUUUAAUGUGGUUGACAUACUAUGCCAUCGAGUACCCAGUACAAAAAACUUCAGAUUAGUUUGGAAUAAAUAUGUACACAACGAUCCAUAUUCUAGUGUUCUUACAGUUAUUUGUGAAAGUCAAUUGAGCAUAAGCAUAUUUUAUGACUAUAUAAACACCAUUAUUGAUAGUGAGAACGUUACAAAUGCGGUUCAGCCAUUUAUAAAUGAUUUAGAUUUUUUAAUUAGUGAAAUGCAGAGGAUUGAAUUUCCUCUUAGGUAUAUAACGGAAGUUGUUUGUGUGUUUCUUUCCUAUGGAAAAAACAUGUGUUCAUCCUCAAUGGAUAGAAUAUUUAGUAAUUAUAAUUACUGUGAGCUUUUUAAAAUUGGGCUUCACAUGGAUAUUAAUAUCACAGAGUCAUUUAGUUUUUUGCAUCUCUUAUAUGAUCCUUCACUUACAAUGGAAGAUUUUAUUAAAAAAUAUAUUACGUACAUUGAAUUUGGUUUGCCAAUCCAUAAUGAACCUCAAAUGUUGAGAUAUUGUAAUAUUCCUAGAAUAUUAGAAGCUUAUGUUGAAAAAGAUAGGGUUCCUAUGUGUCUGGAACAUUUAUUAUUAGGAUAUGAAGAAGUGCCUCGAUUACUAGAUUUAUCAAGGAACGUAACUAGAGAUUAUAUAAUAAAAACAUUUAAUAUAAAAACUUCUGGAGAUUAUAUAACCACGGUAAAUUCAAUGAACUUAUGUCAACCCUACAAGAAGAUAUUAACUUAUGAAACACCUUUAUAUGAUUUUGAAAUGUUGUAGACAAUAUAUUUGGAUUUGCGGUAGCUUUGUUGUAUAAAUUUGUUUACUGAUUGAAGGCUGUUAUUUCUGUUGUAUUUUUGUUUAAAAAAAAUUGUUCCUUUCGUUUUUUCCUUAGAAUUUGUAGUUUUAUAAAAAAAUUGUUUAUUGUUUUAUGCUGAAUGCUUUCCUUAUAUAGUUAUAUUUCUUCCUAAUAAGGAAUGUAUAUGUACAAUUGUUAUAAAUGAAAUUAUCUUAUUGUU